ACCCGUUCCCUCCAUCCAUCUCCUCGUCGGUCAGCGUUAUUUAAGUUUCUUCGUAGGGCAGGUUAAGAAGGUUUUCACGUUCUCAUCCCUUUUGACCAAAGAAACAGCUUGGACCCUAAAGAUAAAAUAAAAACGGGGUUUUAAUGAAACCCACGAAGAUCAACAAUCUCCAUCUCUUGAAAGGGUCAGAAUACUCCACCCAGACGGAACUCGUCAUCUUCUCCUCCUCCUCCGCCCAAAGCUCUCGCCUCUCCCCUUCCAUAUUAAAAGGGGAAGGGACAAGAAGUUCAGAAACUCUUCCCAAGACCAGACUCUUUCGAUCCUUUUGUUCCGGCGUAAUUCCAAUGGAGAAACCGCCCAAGGGGAAGAGCAGCAGCAGCAGCAACAAGAAGAGCCUUUUCAAGUUCGUCACUUUCCAAAACCCUCCUUUUAGCCCCACCAGGGACAGCAACGCCCGGUCCUCGUCGUCGGAAGUGUUCGGCAAGAUCAGCACCGCCAAAUCCCACGCCAAAAGAGCCUCCUUCUCGGGCCCGAUCGUGCCCCUGAUCCCCAAGGAAGUGAGGCACAGGAGGAGGUUCAAGAACGACGACGACGACGACGCCACCAGUCUCGACGCCCCGCAAGAACCCACUUCCCCGAAGGUCUCGUGUAUGGGCCAGAUCAAGCUCAAGAACAAGAUCAAGAAGAAGAAGAAGAAGAAGAGCGAGGAGAUAGCGCGAGUCAAGGAGCCUUCUUCUGGGUCGUUUUGUAGUGAAGAAAAGAAGCCGAAGUCGAGAAUUUUCAGGAGGAUCUUCAGCAGGGCGGGAGCGGGGCGGAAAUCUGGUGCUCCCGGCGUCCCUACAGAGGACCGCGGGGAGAGGGACACCAGCGGAGUUUCCGAAGAGAGAGCGCCGUCGCUGGGUCAGAUGAGGAGGUUCGCGAGCGGCCGGAACGCGCUGGCGAGCUUCGACUGGGCGGCGCAGGUGGCGCCGGUGGACGCGGCGGAGCAGAGAAACUGUUACUCCGACGACGAAGACAGAGACAGAGACAGAGACAGAGUAGAGGGAGACGACAACGACGACGACGAAGCGAUAGUUCCAUUCUCGGCCCCCAUCUCGUUAGGUGGAGGAGUGGAGUGGAAGGCGAAGCAGGAAGUGAACCUGUGGAAGAGGAGGACGAUGGCUCCCCCUCAACCACUUCGCUUGCAACAUCCCCAUUGACCCUGCAAAUGCCAGUCGUCUUCUCGAACGAUUGCGUCCGUGGAUUCCCGAUUUCUGGUGUUCUUUCCUUCAUUUUUCUUGUUUUUUUUUUUUUUUUUUUCCAAGUCUGCAUUGGCCUCGCCUCUGCAUCCCGCACGAGGAAUUGAUUUGUUGUAUGAAGUUACGAUUUUUGGGAGGACGAGAGGCGAAAUAAGUUGCAUGCAACAUCUUGCUUUUGUGCAGAGCAUACACAUGUAAUUAUCUCUCUCCUUCUCUCUGCUCCCGAUUCCUUCUCCAUGUCAUCGACAUUAUUGUAGUGCAAGUAAACAAAGAUUGAACGGUCAGCGCCAAUUUUUCUUCA